AUGAAUGAUAUGCUGGAUAGCGGACAUGCUUCAAAAGUUCCUCAGGAUGAAGUAGACUCAGAUAAUCCAACGUGGUAUAUCCCGCAUUUUGGAGUUGUCAACCCUGAAAAGAAUGACAAAGUGCGCAUCGUCUUCGAUUGUAGUGCACGGUACAAAGACACAUCACUGAAUGAUAAUCUGCUCCAAGGACCAGAUCUUACAAACAGCCUCCUAGGAGGACUUAUGCGGUUCCGGCAGGAGCCAGUGGCACUUCAGUGUGACAUCAAGAAGAUGUUUCUGAAUUUUAGAGCGAACCCUGAACACAGAGAUAUGUUGAGAUUCCUGUGGUGGCCAGACGGAUACUUGGAAAAGGAACCCACCAUCUACCGUAUGAAUGUACACCUAUUUGGAGCGACUUCGUCCCCAGGAUGUGCCAAUUUUGCCCUGAGACGUAUGGCAGAAGACUACGAAGAUGAGUUUGGCUCCGUCAUUUCAGAUUUUGUGAAAAGGAACUAUUAUAUGGAUGAUGGAAUAGGUUCGACCAAAACCGAUGAGGAGGCAAUAGGAUUGUUCACUAAGAAUAAAGCCAUGUGUGGAAAAAUAGGCCUGGAACUCCACAAAGUAUUGUCUAAUUCACCAGGAGUGAUGCAGAGCAUCGCAAAGGAAGAUUUGGCACAGGGAGUAAAGGAUCUGGAUCUGUCAGUGGAUACCCUACCUAUAGAAAGGACACUAGGAGUAUUUUGGUGCAUUGAAAAGGACAUCUUUCAAUUUCGGAUCACUUUAAAAGACAGGCCCUUUACUAGGAGAGGAGUAUUGGCGACCAUUGGAUCAGUCUAUGACCCUCUAGGGAUGGCAGCGCCUGUUGUUCUUGUGGGAAAGAGGAUCUUACAGGAGCUGUGUGCGGAUGGGGCUGAUUGGGACGACCCUCUCCCAGAGAAUUUGCGAGCAAAAUGGGGAACCUGGAGGUCUGACCUAUUGGAUUUGGAACAUGUGAGCAUGCCCAGAUGUUACAAGCCUCAGGAUUUUGGAGAGCCGAAUCUAAUUCAACUGCAUCACUUCUCAGAUGCAAGCCAGCAAGGGCUAGGACAGUGUUCUUUCCUUAGGAUGGUAAACCCUCAAGGCCAGGUGCACUGCAGCUACGUGGUGGGAAAAGCCAGGGUGACACCUAUCAAGACAGUGACCAUGCCCCGUCUGGAGUUAACAGCAGCGGUGAUGUCAGCCAAGGCAUCAGUCACACUUGGCAAAGAACUGGACUAUAAAGUAGCAGAUGAACUUUUCUGGACGGAUAGUCAAAUCGUGUUAGGAUAUAUCGCCAAUGAGGCUAGGAGAUUUGGUGUGUUUGUAGCAAACCGAGUUCAGCAAAUAAAGGAUCGGACAGAAACUGAGCAGUGGAAACAUGUGAGAGGAGAGGAGAAUCCUGCUGACGAAGGGUCGAGAGGUCUAACAGUGGAGGAAAUGAAGGAAUCCAAAUGGCUAAAGGGACCCGGAUUUCUCUGGGAGCAGGAGCUCCCCAAAAACACCAUGACAGGAGAUGUCACGCUCAGUCCUGACGACCCAGAAGUUAGGAAAGCCUGUGUUCAUGCUGUGAGUGCAGAGGAGACAGGACCCAGCCCCCUAGAUGACAAAUGGCUCAGGAGAUUUUCAAGUUUAGGAAAGGCCAAGAGGAUUCUAGCACUGUGCUUGAGUUUCAUUCAAAGAUGCCGAAAUAAAGCCAAGGGGACAGAUGGACCGGUAGUAAAUGUAGCAGCCUUGGAGGAGAGCGAGAGAGUUCUUGUCAGGAUUGUGCAAAACGGAGCGUUUGAAGAAGAAAUACAAGCUCUCAAGAAGGAUGAGCCCAAUGGAAUCAGAAGGACCUCUCCCCUCUAUCAUUUGGAUCCAUACUUGGACAAAGAGGGAAUUGUCAGGCUGGGUGGCAGAUUGAGGAGAGCAAAAAUCAGCCACAAGCACCCCAUCAUACUACCCAAGAAAAGUCAGUUGGGAAAACUGGUUGCAUAUCAUCGCCAUGAAAAAUGCGCUCACGGUGGCCGUGGGAUGACCAUAAAUGAGAUCCGGGCAAAUGGUUACUGGAUCCUAGGCAUCAGAACUGCAGUGUCUCCAUUAAUCCAUAGAUGUGUAAGAUGUAGGAAGGCAAGACGCAAUGUUGAAACUCCCAAGAUGGCUGACCUACCCGUGGAUAGGAUAGAGGCAGGGGAAGGACCUUUUGAGUGUUGUGCCCUUGAUAUUUUCGGACCAUGGACUAUCUGGGAAAAGAGGAGUGAUCUGAAAAGAUAUGGUAUGAUGAUAACUUGUUUGGCUGUCAGGGCAGUACACAUAGAAACAUUGAACUCCAUGACAACGGAUAGUUUUAUCAAUGCCUUGAGACGAUUCUGUGCUAUCAGGGGUCCGUGCCGUCUGAUUCGGUCAGAUCGGGGCAGCAACAUAGCAGGGGCAGAUAUGGAGUUGAGAAAAGCUUGGGAGGGUAUGGACCACGAGAAAAUACGGGACCAUCUACUUACAGAAGGGGUUGAUUAUCAUUAUAUGAUGCCUAAGUUUGAGAUGAGCUUCCCUAAGUCCAGUCAUAUGAAUGGCGCUGUCGAGAGACAAAUCCGAACAGUACGAGCAAUCCUGAACCAGCUGUUGCAAAAUAGAGCCCAACAACUGGAUGAUGAGGCGAUCAGGACCCUCAUGGCUGAGGCAAUGGCAAUCGUCAAUUGCAGGCCAUAG